UUUUCCAUUUUCAAAUUGUAUGUCUUUGCUGUACUAACUGUGGAGCAAAAUAAAUUAAAAUUAUUUUGUGCAGGGUUAUCCGUGGGCCAAAGAAGUCCUACAGGUUGUGAAACUGGCCUCUUGCCAGAUGUGCGUCCUCCUCAAUGCCAAACCAGAGAAACCGGACCCAAGAUUCGAUUUCGCAUUCGAAAUGCUGAAGACGAUUUCGAGUCGGUUAGUCCGCACCAGGAACAUGGCGGCUAUGAUGUAUGACCCAGUGGACGGACAAUGCAACUUCAGUCAGAGGCUUCCUGUUCUAGUUAGCCGUAUUACUGAUGAGCCGGAGACACCAGUCAGUGACAUCCUUGCAGUGGCGGUAGGACAGACAAUUCCUCCUGCACUCUGUCACUCCUUUGCAUAUUUGAACUAUGGCAGGUCAGAUGUCCUCAGUUUCGCAUGCACACUCAUGCAAGGCGGACUAUCGCCCAAAUCCCUUGUGGAACAAGGUUAUGAUGAGGUUCAAGUACGACUACUAGAUCCUGUAGAUCUAAAGGAGGAGGCAAUCAACAGCAGAGGAACAUAUGAAGAAGUCUUCCGCAAUGCCCUGCAUAGCAACAUGCUAUGCCUUGGACUCUACAGGUACAUCCACCGAGAAGACCGAGUUUGGCCGUCGAAACUCUCGAAAAUGAUCGUGGUGACGGAAGCGGUCAUAGCAAGCCCAGAGAACAACAUUCAACAAGGCCUGGGCCUCAAUGUUGCUUUAGCUAAAUUACGUUCAACCACCAACCACCAUCGGCCAUCGGAGAAUCUGAAGAACCAUGGAGCACCUGUCUUGCGCCACUAUCAUACUUGUAAAGAUGUGUAGAUCAUCACAGAGUUUUAUUUGUUGUCAUUUUGUGUUGAAUAUACUGU